AGCGAGUGGUGGCAGCGCCGGCGUCGCUUUUGCCAUCCUACCUACCGGUUCCAGCAGGAAAGUUGGAGUAGGUCUCGUGCGAGGGUGCGGACCGCACACGGUUCCGCCACGCUUCGUACUCGCGCCAUUUCCUCCUUUUUUCUCUCUCACGGUUAAACGCGCGCUCUCCCGCGUCUCUCCUCGUCCCCGUUCGCACGCCUCAUCCGUCUCGAUUCCCCUCGAUCGUUUCCCGUCGAUCGUAUCCACGAUCGAGUGCACCGCGCGUCCCACGUACGCGCCAAGGAAGCGACCGGCUGUCGCCUCGAGGUGGCGCGUUUUUUUUCAACGGACCGUUAAGGAAGAGAGGAAGGAAGGAAGGAAGGAGGGAGGGAAGGAAGAAAGGAAGGAAGGAAGGUGGAAUUUGGAAAAUUUCGCUCUGCUCCGUUUUGAAAGAAUGAUCGAGGAAAGGUGGAUAAUAGAUAGGUGGCCGUGAUCGAAUAGUGCGAGCGACCGAAGGAUUUCGUGAAACUACGUGGUACGACGCGGUCGUAAGUUUCGCGCGUAUGGGUGUGUGUGUCCCGCUAUGAUCCAUCACGAUUGACUUUCUCUUGUGUCACGCUCUUACGUACCAGGCGACGACCAACACAUCCAAAGGUGGAGAGAUGAUCCGCGACUAUCUGUUGUUGCUCUCGUGGCUGUGCGCUGUGCAAGGAAAAAUAGGGUAUUUCUGGCACAUCACCGACAUCCACUAUGACCCGAGAUACUCCGCUCAAGCAAACGCGGCGACCGCGUGCUGGAAUACGAGGAACGGUGGGGUGGGCGGCGGGCGGAAGACGCCCGGAAAAUUCGGCGAUUACGGCUGCGAUUCGCCCUGGGAGCUGGUCGAGUCGGCGGCCAAGGCGAUGAAAACUUAUCGCGGCGAGGGGAUCGAGUUCGUCCUCUGGACGGGUGACGCGCUGACGCGCACUACUGGUAUGAAUGCCGAGCUCCGUCUCCAGUGUUUGCGGAAUUUGACCGAUCUGUUGUCUCGCACGUUUAAGGGGCUAUUUGUGUUUCCGGUGCUCGGGCACGACGACACGGUGAACUUCUCCCAACUUGCCGAGCUUUGGUCAACCUGGCUGCCCCAAGAGGCUUUGGACACUUUAAAAAGCGCCGGAUAUUACACGAUAGAGCAAACCUCGGAGAAAUAUCGGAUCAUUUUCCUCAACACGAAUUUGUGGCUGAACACGGCCGAUAAUCGUAUGCUGCACCACCAAUCCGGAGCGAGCGUGGUCGAUAACACGCAAGAUCCUUUGAAUCAAUGGUCUUGGUUCCAGACGACUCUCGAGACAGCUCGAAGGAAGGAGGAAACGGUUUACAUCGUGGGUCACACACCGCCGGGGGUGGACGAUCGGGAGAGUGGCGCGUCCAUGUUGAACGAGCGUCACAACGCCAAAUAUCUGCAGCUGAUCCGGCUGUACUCGGACAUCAUUCGCGGUCAGUUCUUCGGUCACUGGCACACGGACACUUUUCGCGUGGUUUAUAACGAUAACGGUCUGCCCGUAUCCUGGAUAAUGAUGGCGCCCAGUAUAUCGCCAACCACGCCUGGAGGACCCAACAAUCCGGGCUUAAGGCUGUACAAAUUCGAAACGACGACCGGCCAGGUGCUGGAUUAUACUCAGUACUAUCUCAAUCUGCCGGAAGCGAACUCCGGGACGGCAAACUGGUUGAUCGAGUACUCUCUGCUCGAAUAUUACAGUCUUCAGGAAAUUACGGCGAUCUCUCUCCACGACCUGGCCGACCGAUUCACCCAGUUCAACGAUUACGCUUUCGUCAGAAACAGAAUUCAUUUUGCGCAGAGACAAAACUCGUUCGCGGACGCAGCGGAUACGGAGAAGAAGGAGGAAGUCUGUUCACGCACGUACAAACAACACUAUUUUAUUCGUAAUCCUGGGAUAUUACCGUUGGAACGCAAGGACAUCCGUAUGAAACGCGUACGUUUCUACACACAGGAUAGAAUACGAAAUAUAUUCGUAAAUUAUUUUCGAGCGGUAAAUAAUCAGCGAGGAAAGAAAUUUCCGAAUCGCUCGUUGGGAUCGAUUCUCGACUCUUAUUUCUCGCAAACGAGCAAUAUCGUUGAAUCCGAAAUAUAAACGUUCACGAAUUAAGAGUCAGUGACGCGUCGUCAGUACGGUAUCGAGGAUGUUUUUGUACUACACUACUUGAACGAAGCAAGCGUCGACAUCUCGUUUCUCUCUCUCUCUCUUUCAUUCUCUCUCUUCGUUCACCUCUUUCAUUCGAGCACGUUAAACACACGUUCGUUCGAGUACCGCCGCUUCCUAUACCGUACACCUAUACACACCAUUAUUCGAGAAAUCAAGUUUUUAUUCGUACGCGCAUUGUUUGGCCUCGUCCAAUUUUUCGUCACCGACUAUCGUGACCGGUGUCGCGUCGUAGCCAAGUUUCUCGCUCGUUCUUGUACAAAUGAUAUACACAUGUACGCGCUCUCUAAUCUCCACUCGUGCGCGCGCAUUCUUUUCUUUUUAACCUAUGUUUCAACGGUUUCACGCGUCCCCCACUCUUUCACUUUCGCGUUCCACCGCGCGUGAAAUCUAUUUUAACGCGGCGAUUUCCAAUCGUUUCGUUGCUUAUUCCUUCCCCUUUAAUUCGUUUCUAGGCUAAGAUUAAGCUUGCCUAUUUUUCUUCAACGAUCCUGGCGAAUAUACGGGCGCGAAUUUCAAAUUUUCGAAGCAACGAUUCUUUCUAGUUUGCCCAUCUCGUACGGGAAGAAUAUCGAAUCGAGGAUCGAUCGAUUGAGCUCGCUUUCUUUUUUUUUUUAUUUUCCAACGAAAAAGCCCUUCCCUUCCCUUCGUUAACGAAAAUAUCGAAAAAUCUUACAAAUUCGGUGCGGUCUAUCCGCAAAAUUUCACAUUUUUCCAAUAUCGGAUGGUAUCAUAUAUGUAUUAGGAAUGACCUACGCUAUGUAUCCACAUACGAAAGAUUCGAAUAUACGGAGAAUCAUGUAGGGAAUUGAGCCGGUUGUGGUGUGACGACACACAGAAGGGAAACGAAUCCGGUAGAUCGCAUCCUUGGAAACUAUGCCCUCCCCGUAGCGAAUGGAAAUUUUCGAAGAAAUGGUCGAAUAACGAAAAACUUUCGCGACUCUCGACGCAACUAUCUAUAUCUGCGCGUGAAAAGCCAAAGGCAGUCGAGUUCGAGAAAAAAGAAAAAAGAAAGCGAGACGACUUUUUUUCUCGAAAGCUAGCAAAAAGAGAAAAAAAAAAGGAGGGAAGAAGCGUUUUCUUUUUUAUUUAAAGGCGGUCAGCGAGACACGUGAAAACGAAUUGAGCCGCCGUUAACCGGUGGGUGGUUAAUUGGAGGAGGGGGAGGGCGCGCCGUCGGGUGCGAGAAAGCCAUUGAAAACUCUCGCGACACUUUGCAAGAACACUGUUCACGCUUCGAGCAUUAUGCGCGCCGCCUUGCCGCGUAAACACGCGACUCCCUCGUUCAACCUUACGCUUGUUAAUUAGCGUUAGAGGGAGGAAACGUCUCGCUUAACCCUGGUAAUGGCGUUCCGUAAAAAAAAUCGAACGAAUCGAAGGAUCUCAACUUGGUCCUUUCGAUCGUUGAAACCGCAUCGCGCCGUCCAAUCGAAAUAUCUUUUCAACGAAUCGAAAUUCGGCUCGAAUCGAGUCGUUGGAUCAGGGAUGAAAUCGAUCGAACGCUUGCUAAUUACAAAAAAAGAAAGGUAAAAAAGGUAAAAAAAAGGAAAGAAAAGUAAUCCAUCGACGAACUGACAGGUAACUUGGUAUAUUCGCUGACGAAGGAUAUAUAUAUAUCGAUACAGUCAAUCACGCGCGAGGAGGAGGAGGAGGAAGGGAGGGGAGACUGAUAAGCGAUCGAAACUGGACAAAAUUUUUCCACGGCUCGUACGAUUGCGGUUACAUUGUCGGAUUUAUCGUUACACCGGUCAAAAUGAAAGUGAUUCGCGAAUUUUCGGGAGAAUCGAAAAAAAAAAAGGAAAAAAAAAAGAAGAGAGAGAGAAACGAAAUGCGUAAACUAUGGGUUCGCUUCGCGUAGAAAUUGUAAUCGAGUUCCCUCCGCCGAGGAGAGGAGUCUGCGUUCAACCAAGUUUCGACGAGUGUAGAUGACAAUCGACGUUUUGUACGGUUUAAAAAUUGCGUUUCGAGUGUUUAUCUCGAUCGUAUCCGCGGGGAUAUGGGUAUUAUCGACGUUACGAGCGUUCGUAAACGAUCGAUUCUAAAAAAAAACUUGUUGAAAAAGAAAAAAAUAUAUUCCAUUCACUCAGUCGCGAAUAUAUUUUUAUAUAAUUACACGCGGAAAUCCUUCAGAGCGCUUCUAUCGUCUCCAACGAUACAUUACAUUACGUCUUGUUUCUUUAAACAAGUGAGGAGAAACAGGUGAAAACAACGCGACGUUGUAACAUAGAUUGGAGAGGUAGGCCGAAGUUCUCACGUUUGAUUCUAGUGCGCGCCACGUUUCGCGCGGCAGGGAGGGGGAAGUGGGGAAGAGAGGGAGGGGGAG